UUUCCUCUGCCUAGUAAAGAGUUAGAGAGAAAUGUUACUAGAAAUCUUGGGGAGUCCAACCAAGCUAUCAUACAAUGCUAGGGAAAUCGGGGUUUCCUCGUGGGGUUCUUGGUUCAUCAAUAAAAGAAGUAAGAACACACUCAAACAGAAGAUCAAGGGCAGUUUAUUAAUUAGAGUUUAAAAGGCAAACCCCAGGGCAGGCAGGGCUGUGAAUCUCAGAGCUGCAUGGAGAGAGAAUGGAGGUGAGCGUGGAGGUCAGUCACGCAGUAGGGGCGGGAGCUUUAGGAAAAGGAAAGCGCCAGCCGCAUUAGUUAACCACUUUAAAAGGAUAGUUAAGCUCUUGCCCAGGUUAGAAAGGCAAGGACAGAGAAAAGAGAAUAGUUCCGUCCUUCUGCAUCUGGACUCAGAGAGGCAGGCAGGCAGAGCCAGCCAAGCUUGAUGGGGGGUCAUAGGGACUGAAUAGAAAAUUAGCCUAUCAUAGGGAUAUUCUGGCCUGGUCCCUGCCCUGUCCCACUGGACUAACUCUUAAGGGAGGAGACAAGGGCAUGUCUCCACCUAGAGGUAGAUUCCAUCCUUUACAACCUGAGUUCUGUCCCCAGAACCCGUGGUGGAAGGAGAGAACUUCCACAGAUUGUCCCCUGAAUUCCACCCAUGCCGUGGCACAUGCACAAUAAACAAACAAAUGUAAUUGUUAAGAUUUUGAAGAUUGAAUGGUUAUACCCUAACAUUCCUGGGGAGAAGCAGCAUAGCAUUGGCCUGCACCCCUCUGCCCAAAGCUGCUAGACUGGACUUAAGAUUUGGCUACAAGAGUGGGUUUCCUACCUAGAGACUGUGUUUCCUUGGAAAUUAGAGCUCUAUCCCUGCUGCUGGGACAAUCAGGCCAGAGGAUUGGUGGGGGCCAUGGAACGGAGGAACGAAGGCCCAGGGGAACGGCAGUGCUCAGCCCAGGUCCUGAGAUUCAGACAAGAGCUAUGUGGAAGCUAAGUGACUUGCUUCUGUGACAUGGUCUUCACACAACUCUCUGCUGUCUCCUGUACACCUGACAAGACAGUCUCCCUGUCCAAAGGGUUUGAGGAGUCAGUUAUGGGCUUCCAGGUAGACUGAGGAAUUUGGAAUGCAUUUUAGAGCGGCAACCUGUCAUCUGGGACUGUCCUUUCACUUCCUGUUCUCGGGUCAGUCCCCCUGAGUCUUUCUGUGGUUCUGGUUAGCAACUUCUGCACAUGUCAAAAAUGGAAAAGCCAAUCACAGUCCCACAUGAGGACCCCAAGCUAGUAGCCAGAUGUGUGUCUUUGUGGCUGGCUCAGCAUGUGGGGUGCAAACAAAUACAGAAUUUAUUUUACCGAGUGUUCUCUCUCUCCGUCUCUUUACAUUUAGGCACGAAGAAAUCGAGAAAUAGCGAUUUGCAUCGCAAGAUUGACGAAGUGCCCAGUCGAGCUGAGCUGAUACAGUAUCAGAAGCGAUUUAUUGAACUCUACCGUCAGAUUUCUGCGGUGCACAAGGAAACCAAGCAGUUCUUCACUUUGUACAACACCCUGGACGACAGAAAAGUUUAUUUGGAAAAGGAGAUUAGCCUGCUUAACUCAAUUCACGAGAACUUCUCCCAAGCCAUGGCCUCCCCUGCUUCCCGGGACCAGUUUUUAAGGCAGAUGGAACAAAUCGUCGAAGGGAUUAAACAAAACAGGAUGAAGAUGGAAAAGAAGAAACAGGAGAACAAGAUGAGAAGGGACCAGUUGAACGAUCAGUACCUGGAGCUUCUGGAAAAGCAGCGGCUCUACUUCAAGACUGUGAAAGAGUUCAAAGAGGAGGGCCGAAAGAAUGAACUAUUGCUGUCCAAGAUCAAAGCCAAGGCCUCCUGAACAUCCAUCUCCACCUCUGUAUGUUGGCGAUAUUUUUCAUGGCAUGUAUAGACUGCAGGAUCCUGAAACGGUUCUGAAAGUGAUGGUGGAGAGAUACGGGAAGAUUCAUUUCAACUCUCUGGAUGGAUGUUUUCUUUCUCCUGUUUGUUUCUUUUCAUCUCUCCUGGCUGCAGCCGGUGGACUCAGAGUUAACACCACGGCUUGGAUGACACCUAGAACCCUGUGAAGAAAUGUGGGCAAUGCUCUUCACUCUGCCCACUCAACUUUUUCCUCCAGUAACACUGCAUUUAUGAAGGUAUCUAGAUUUGUACGGGCCCUGAGAAUAAAGAGCAUUUAUUAGUUGAGCAACUGCUGACAAAUGAGCCCUGAGAUAAAUGUAGCAGAAUACAGAACAUUGUCCCUUCUCCUCUGGCAUCUGGCAGGGGCCAGAGAGCAGAUACAACCCACUUGACCCCUGAGGUGUGUCCCUUGUAAUGUCUCAGAAGGCUGCUGAGGGAGCAACCAGCCCAGUCCUGUGACUGGCUUAGGCCGUGCACCUACCAUUGUGCCUUCUGUUCCGGCUUCUCACAGUGCAUACGGACUAUAGGCAGGACUGGCAUGCAGAGCAAUUAGCCCACAGGUGUAGAGACGGAAGAGGUGAGGUUCAGGUUUUCUAGAGUUCACCUGUCUAUGUCAGGAAGACUGAUAUAAAGUGACCCUUCAUCUGGAGCCAGGCUUCUCGGGUGUUUCCUUUGGCAUGGCUGUGGGUAUGUCCAGCCCUCUGGCUACAUGUGGUCCAGGAUAGCUGUCAGGGUGGCUCAGUGUCAUCCCUUUAACCCUGCACACCACCCAGGUUCACUUGAUGGAAAUACUGCAGACAUACCUUCCGUUGAGAACACUUCAAUAAGAAUUGAAGCUUCCCAUAUCCAGCCGGGCUUUGUUUGAGGUGUAUCCCGUGUUCCUGCACUGCAGAUGUCAGGGUCUAAGUGGAGAUUAAGAUGUGUACGCUGUUCGGUACUGUCAGGGCAGCCAUGGGGGAAGACAGCAGACUCUGAGCAUGGAGGAAAAGCAGGUUUUAGGGGCACGAGGACUCCAUGGAGGAAACAGUACUUGGGCUAGAUCUGCAAGGAAUAGGAUGUUAGCUGAGAUGGGAGGAAGGGCCUUUCAUAGCCCCUAGAGCCUUGGUUUUAGGCCCUGGAAAAUGAGCAGACCAAAGCAAUGGCAGAGCACUCCCCUCAGCAAUCAGGAACCUAGCGACUGGGUCAUGCUCAGUAAACCCCAGCGUGAGGCUUGUGCUUCAUCUUGCAUAAGUUCCAUCUGAACGGCAGGUUGGGACCAUCUGACAGAAGCAUAAAUAUGUGAGGCAGGUGGAGCAUUGGGCAGUCGCAGAAGCACUAUUCACUGUUCGUUUCCUGAUGUAUGUGAUUAAGAGGCGUGAGUCCUACAGACUUAGAGGAAAGAGGUGCUGGGGCCCAGCUGGUGAGCACUUGCCUAGGUUCCGUCCCUAACAUCACACAAACCAGACGUGGUAGGGCACAUUUGUGAUGUGCUCUCAGGAAGUAGAGUCAGGAGGAUCAGGAAAUCAAGGUCAUCCUAGGCUAAACAGCAAACUGGAAACCAGCCUGGGCUACAUAUGACUGUCUUCUACCCCAAAAGAAAAGCCCAGGCAGGCUUAAUAGCAUCAUCAGUUCCUGAACCGGGGUCACUGAGCUGCAAUGAGCUGGGUAGGAACAGCAGCAGCUAAAGCUGGUCACUCCUCUGUGCCAGCACACUUCCUAGUGAGCCCUGUGCCCACCUCUACCUGCACUGGGACCUGCAUGGUCACGAGAGCAUUAUGAAAAGUCUCAGCUGAAGUAAACACUUGUAAAAUAAUAAUGAAGUUAAUAAAAAUAAAGUAGGACUUUGGGGAAGGAGGCAGCAUUUUGACCCUGUAGCCAAGGAUCGCUGUGAAUGUGGCCCAACACAAAAUUGUAAAGUAAUUUAAAACACUGAAGUUCUUUUCCCUUUCUGCUUUUUUUCUUAAAAAAAAUUCCAUUAUACGGUGUACUCUGUGUAAACUUUGUAGAUGACAAUAUCAUGUUAUCAUAUCAAAAGGUUGGUCACUCCUGGUGGAGAGAAAUUGGUAGAUACCUUGUCACAUUUUUUAAUCCACAAGGCUUAACACAGAUGAUGAGAGGUUCAUGUUACUAGCUCUAUAGUACCAGGUAUGAACUCCCUCCUGAGGAGCAGGCCACAGAUCUAAACAAAGUACUUUUAGUUACCCCAUAACAGUCAUGCCGGUAUUACGCCAAUGCUCACAUCUUGCCUGGCUGGUUGGUAUUUUAGUUGCAAGUUCAAAGCUGGCUAAGACUGUUGAUGACACCCUCCUCCCCAGCUGCCUGUGUAGCAACAUCUGCCACCAUGAAAGCUAGCCAGCAGGGAGGAAGCUUCUAGCUCGGAUCUCUCUCGAUUUCUCUGUGACCUACAUUCAAAGUAUGUGGUACCUGAAGCAGUAGUGUCUUUCCAUCUAGUUCUGGGGGCCAACCAUGAGCAUGACUAGCCUGUAUUGUUUUGGAGCCCCCUGGGUUGGCUGGGUUGGUUGAAUACUCUGAAUUAGGCUUCAGAAGCCAGCACCGAGAAUCCUACACGUGCUUCCGACAUCCUGAAGCGUAAGACAGCACCUUUGUGGGUAAUUCCAGCAUGAAAUAGGCUGAGGAGAUUCCCUGAGGGCCCUGGUCAUUUCAGAAUCCAUCUGGAGACUGGUGAAAGGGAGGGGCCUGCCCAGGCAGUGUCUUCUGUGCCCAGACAUGGGAUAGCAUUGUGUUCUAAGCCUCCUGGCUUUUACCAGAAUUAUAAGACAGUGGAGAAACAUUUGUGACUUUUUUUUCCCCAGUAUGCACUUUAAGAGAAACCAGAUUCAGAGCAGUGAGCUUAUUGACAGGACUGGCACCCAGUGCCAUUCUUUCUCAGUCUCUAGGUGAGGAGCUGCCUUCACUCCCACUUGCUUCUCCUGGAAUACCUGGGGGUGCUCUGGUUACGAUCAGGCUCAGAGCAGCGUGCAGUCAUGAUCUGGGUGAGAAUAAAGUCAUGGAGAGAUGUCUGGGAAGACGUGGGGACAUUCUGUUGUUCUGCCAUGUUCAGUAUUUAGUCAGCCAGCAGCAUGUGGGCAGCACAUAGUACCAUAGAUCAGCUGCCAGCCUGUAUCCAAGGGCUGGUGUUUCCCUAUUGAAGCAGAGCCCGUGUCGGGCUUAAACUCCCGUUAGCCUGACCUUGUGGCUGGGGGUCUGGUCUGUAGCCCUUGGUUCAAAAACAGUGAAGACACAGACUGGUGGUGGAACCAAACCAGCGUUGGUCACCAGGCAGGGCUCUUCCUCUCCACACUGUCGCUGGAGACCUCUCAAAACCUUGAAGAAACAUGGGGCAGGCCCUCCAGCAGCCCUCUUACUACCUCACAAAGUGCCAUUCCCAUGGAUUGUCACUUUGCCAGACUCUCAGCUUGUCUAUCCUGAGUAAAGCAGACACUACCUGAAGGGGUAUCUGGGACACCCAGCCCGGCCUGCAGCCUGUACAUUCUGCAUUCCUCCUGCCUCCACGGUUCUAUCCUGCCUGCUCUCCAGGUCAUGGAUGGUCAGUGUAAGGGGACUGGAUAUCGUAGCAAUAACUUCUAACAGUGACUUUGACUUGUGAAGGUUCAGGUGGUUGAGUUGAAAUAUGCUCUGAGAAAUACUGUAAGGAGGUGGUUAUGAUGUAGUCAUUGCCAGGGUUGGUCACCAAGAAAUAGAACACUUUAAUGCAGAGCCAGAGGAAGAGCUUUAUGAGAUGCGUCUUAGAGUCCGCCAUGCUCUCCCUUCUAGCAGCAGGGGGACGUAGGCCAAAGUUGUCCAUAAAAUGUAAUGGAGAGCUGGGGAGGCGGUUCAGUCAGUAAAGUGCUUGCCUUGCAAGCAUGAGGACCGGAGUUAGGAUCCCCAGCACCCACAUAAAAAGGCAAGCACAUCCAUGCGCUCUUGUAUUCCCAGCACUAGACAGGCAGAGACAGAACGAUCUCUGGGCCUCACUGACCAGCCAGACUAGCUGAAUUGGUAAGCUUCAGAUUCAGUGAGAAAACCUGUCUCAUAAAAUAAGGUGGAGAGCAAUCCCAAGGCAACUGAGUUGACCUCUGGCCUUCACUUGCACAGGCAUAUACAUGCACAUGCACACACACCCCAUACACAUAUAGGAACAUGCACAUACAAAAAAAGUAAUGCAUGUUUUCUGUCUUCUCACAAUAAACUCGAUGUAUGAGAUCAUGAUCAGGGUUUUAGCACCUCAUCUGCAGUGUGUUUGACACCAUGGGGAAUUUCUCCUUCUGUAUCCUCAUUGGCCUGUAUCAGUUCCUAGAUGGGCCGAGCUCACCCUCUGUGGAUAUUUUCCUCAUAUGUCCUCUGACUAGGCUCUGUCCUUUCCCUAACUUGGGGUAGUGGCUUUCCAUGAUCAUCUGUGUGGUCCCUUUUACAUUGGCCUCCUGAUCCACAGUCCACCCACCACAUCGGUUGUCCCAGUGACACACGUCGAUGCUUAAGGUCCCCAGUCCUUUGCAAGGUCUACAUCUUCCCUCUUAGGAAUGUGUAAGGGCAGCAAAAGCGGGGACCUUGCCCACCUCGUUGUGGUUUCUCAAAUGGUCAGAACAUCCCAUUUAGUUAAGUCAGCUCCCCAAAUUAUAUCUUUGCAUCCUGUAGUAGCAAAAUACAGAUUCGACCUAAUCCUUGCUCAGAUUGAAACAGGUUGGCAGUUCUAGUCAGCAGCAUUAGAGAAGUUCUCUAAGGCAUGUGUUCAUUAGUCACUAACCUUGAAGGUUGGAAUAGGGAAAAAAAAGAGUUUUCCAGAAGUUUCCAACCUUUAACCAAGAUCACCUUUUGGAGAUGUCCAGUAUUGUGGCAGGGAGGGCACAUUGGUGUCAGAUAGGAUCCUGAGUAUAUGUUCUUCCUUCAAACGUGGUAGAUGCAUCUUAGCCACAUGAAUCCAAGAAAAGGGGAGGUGCUGUACACCUGUGGGCAGCAGCCCAGUGAUGGCAGAGCUGAAAACCUGCAGCCUCCUCCUCCUCGGAGGACAACCGAGUAUGUAUGUCACAAAUCCAAGCGGACUGCCUUUUGAACCAGCAGUGCCACGCCUAGGAACUUUUCUCAUGUACAGAAUCUUUUAUUAAAGCAACGUUUGUAAUAACAAAGAGUUAGAAACUAUCACUAAUUCAGAACAGGGGUGAAAAAUCAUGGCCCAUCUCCACAGUGGGGCUUUUUGCAGAUAGUUAAAAUAGACCUGCGAUGUGUAUCGCCAGGGAAUGUUCACAGAUCUUGGAGCCACAUGGCUAAGUGGGGGAAGGAGACAUGUAUGAACAUGCAUGGAAUGCUAGUGUUUGGAAUAGAGAUAAAUACAUGUGUUGUAGGUGUGUGUAUGCAUAUGUGUGUGUGUGCAUAUACUCACACAUAUGCUUGUGAUGCGUCUGCUUGCCUGUGCCCAGUGUCUCUGAGAAGUGGCACGGUAGCCUGGCAACCUCGGUUGCCUCCUGGAAGAGGGUGGGAAUGACUUUUCACCACUUGUCUUUUGUAUUCUGGAAUUUUGUACCAUGUACAUGCAUUAUCUACUCAAAAAUAAAUAGUUUUUGAAGUUUAA